CUCAACGGGUUGGUUGGUGGCUAAAAAGUCAGAUGUAUCCUACGAAUUAGCGCAAUUCGUUUGAAUUCUGUAUGUGCAAUUUGUAUCGUUCAUCAUGCCGAUCGUUUGCUCUGCAGGGGGAUGCACGAAUCGUUUUAUAAAAGGCUCGGAAAUUCGUUUUUAUCGGUUCCCUAUUAGUAAGCCUCAGCUGGCCGAACAGUGGGUGCGGAGUCUCAACCGCAAGAACUUCGUCCCCACCACCAACUCUUGCCUCUGCUCUGAGCACUUCCAACCGGACUGUUUCCGCGACUACAACGGCAAGCCUUUCCUGCGAGAGGAGGCUAUUCCAACCAUCUUCAAUUCGAACAAGCAGAUCGAGCUGCGCCGUAACCGCGGUCAACCGGGCGAAGUGAACCGACUAGGCCUGACGCAGGACAAACCCAGACUUCGCAUUCAGGAGAAGCGACAGUCCAGCAGGGAUGCCAGAGGGAGAAUGUUGGACAAGAAGGAGAGGAGGAGGGGAAAGAUGGCUGAAAGGCAGACCAUGACGGGGAAGAGUAAAGUGUACGACAGUCGCGGGCUGCUGAUCUCGUGUGGACGCGACCUCUGCGACUGCCUGGACGCCGACUGCAUGGGCUGCUUCUACCCGUGCCCCGACUGUGGCUCGCGCAAGUGCGGCGUGGAGUGCCGCUGCGACAGAAAGUGGCUCUACGAGCAGGUGGAGGUGGAGGGUGGAGAGAUCAUCCGCAACAAGUUUGCCUCCUAGCCACACACACAUACACACACACACACAGUCCAUUGGUGGUGGGGGAAGGGAUAGGAGGAGGAGGAGGAUGCAGGAGAGUGGAGGAAGGAGCUCACCUGCUAGCCACACACACACACACUCCAUCAGUUGAGGAGGAGAGGUGAGUGGGGGUAUGACUGUUUUAAACAGCUGUAAUACAAAGAUGAGCAAGAGGAGACAGAAAAGUAGAGCUGGAGGAAGAGGAAGAAAGAGGAAGAAUGGGCUCUCAAAAAGGACAGGCUGCUGGUCACCCGAGGAAGAAAAGACUGCAAAGGAGUGGGAAGAGUUGGAACAAUGGAUUAUGUCAAGCUUAACAAGCAAAAGUUCUUAACCACCCAUUUUCUUUCCCAUCAUUUUCUGAGUUUUCAGAAUGGUUCAGAUACUAUCUUGUUGUGAAUAUUGAUGUUCAGUGUUUUUUUUUUCUGUGUCAAAGACCUUUGUGUAUUAUUUUCGUUUGUAAUUAAACACAUUUUCUUAUAAUAAU